AUGGAUCCCGAACUACAGCAGAAGAUACAUGCAGCUGAAACCGAAGUGGAAAAACUCACAGUGGCUGAAAACCAUGUCUCCAAGAAUCUAGGCAUCAUCGAAAAGCAGGUAGCAGAGAAUUUGGAACAAAUCGACAAAUUAGUCGCAGAAAUUCAAGGCAUCUCAUUAAGCCCCAAUUUUUCCGCAUACAUCAACUCGACAAUUGAAUUAUUGGAGAGGCGCGCUAACUCGGGCUCGAUGUCGGAAACCGAGUCCGCUCAAAAAACUUACGAUUCCAUCAGAACACUCAAAAAUUACUUAAAAAUACUGAAACCAUCGCCUCUUUACGGGAUUAUGGGGAAGGACGACAGUGCGGAGGAAGAAAAGUGGGAGGAAGCUGGCCGACAGACUAGGACUGUUGGAUUGUCCAGCCAAGCAAUCGGGACCUUGACCUUGGCUGCCUUUGCUAUCCGACUCUCUCGCACGUUGAUCGAGCGGAAACGGUUCAAGCCGCGGGAUCCUAACCAUGUAUGCGUCGUCAACCACUUUGGGGGCACCAUAUAUGCCCGGCUUUCGAACCGCGCAAAAAUGCAAGAUAACCCAAAGCUACAUGAUGAAUCACCGGCCGGAGCACAGUUAAGAACACCCAAUGAAGGAGAGAUAGAGGAUGGUGAGGUCCUCCUUGAGGCCGGUGAUGUUGUUGAGUGGGAGAGGGAAAAGGACGUUAUCGAGUCACUGUUUGUUCGCAGGAAGAAGGCGGGAGAAUACUCCGACACCCGGCCGAUCGUUCUAUCCGCCUUUCCCGGUGCUGUGACGGUUAUUGGGAUCGAAGAGUCUUAG